UUGGUUGUUACUCCCAAUAGCAGUUUGGAUUUUCUCAAUUUUAAAAGCAUAUUUGUUAAGAGUGACAGGCUCUAGAGCCAGAUUGCUUGGGCUCAAACCCUGGCUGCAUCACAGAUGAAUGCUGUGACCUUGGGGAGGUUAUUUAUUGAACUUCUCUGUGUGGUAGCUUGUGCAAUAGGGGUAAUCACAGAACCUACUUCACAGUGGUUGUGAGGAUUAAAUGAAUGAAUAUGUGUCAAGUACUAGAAUAGUGCCUGGCACAUGGCAAGAGCUCAGUAGUUGUCAUCCACGAUCAUGAUGAAGAUGGCUAAGUUGACUUCUAGAGAACUGGUGCUCAGGGAGGAAGGCCAAGGUAGGACACAGGAGAUAUUUGCAGAGCCGUGUCCACUGGUUCUGUUCUACUGCAGCUGUGACUGCCAACUGAAACCAACCCAGCUUCAUUUUACAGCACCUGGAAAGGGGGGCACCGAAGAGCACCUCCCAGGACUGUCGUCUUCCUCAGACCAGUCUGAGAGCUCCUCUGGGGAGAACCAAGUUGUGGAUGGAGGCUCUCAGGACCUUUCCCACUCAGAGCAGGAUGACUCCUCUGAGAAGAUGGGCCUCAUCUCUGAAGCGGCCACUCCUCCUGGGAGCCCCGAGCAGCCCCCACCUGACCUGGCCUCAGCCAUCAGCAACUGGGUUCAAUUUGAAGAUGACACACCCUGGACCAGCACGUCACCAACUCAUAAAGAAACAGGCUUACCAUUGACCAUGCCCUGCUGGAUGUGCCCUUCCUUCAACUCCGUGGGGAGAUGCCCCCUGACCUCCGAGAGCAGCUGGACCAUGCAUUCUGAAGACACCAGUAGUCCUAGCUGUGGCCCCUCGUACACAGACCUGCAGCUCAUCAAUGCAGAGGAGCAUAUGAGUGGCCCGGUUUCUGGGGCUGACUCCACUGACGAGAGGACGGAGUGGCAGACAGGCAGGCAGACGGCGGUGAGUCCUGUUCAAGCAUGCACGGAGCAUACCUCUACCCGCACCCACAUCCUGGACCCCUCACCACCUUCACCCCACCCCACGAGGAGCCAGAGCCCCUGCGAGGGUCCAGAGCGGACCUCCACUCCCAAUGACAAUUCUUCCUCACUCCAGGAAGAUGAAGAGGUAGAAAUGGAGGCCAUCAGCUGGCAGGCCAGCAGUCCAGCCAUGAACGGACACCCUGCCACUCCAGUGACCUCUGCCCGUUUCCCUAGCUGGGUCACUUUUGAUGACAAUGAAGUCAGCUGCCCUCUGCCACCCAUCACCUCUCCCGUGAAGUCAAACACACCACCUAUUGCACCUGCGAUCCCAGAUAUACCUUAUAACUCAACUGGGUCAUUUAAGAAGAGGGAACGUCCCAAGAGCACUUUAGUGAACUUCUCCAAAGUUCAGAAGCUGGACGUUCCCUCCGUAAACCAUCCGCCUUCCAUAACUGAAGCUCCACCGUGGAGGGCAACCAAUCCCUUCCUGAAUGAGACCCUACAGGAUGUACAACCCUCCCCUAUCAACCCUUUCAGCGCUUUCUUCGAGGAGCAGGAGAGGCGCUCCCAAAACAACUCCGUUUCCAGUACCACAGGCAAAAGCCAAAGAGACUCUCUCAUCGUCAUCUACCAGGACGCCAUCAGUUUUGAUGACUCAAGCAGAAACCAGUCACACUCUGAUGCUGUUGAAAAACUCAAACAACUCCACAUUGAUGACCCCGAUCACUUAGGUAAUGCGACACUAACUGAUGAUGACCCGGUCGCCUGGAUUGAGCUGGAUGACCACCCGCCCGGUUCAGCACCGUCCCAGCGCAGAGAUGGGUGGCCAAUGAUGCUGAGGAUCCCUGAGAAGAAAAACAUCAUGUCCUCCAGGCACUGGGGACCCAUCUACAUCAAACUGACGGACGGUGGUUACCUGCAGCUGUAUUACGAACAGGGCCUAGAGAAGCCGUUCCGUGAGUUUAAGCUGGAGAUCUGCCACGAGAUUUCUGAACCCCGACUCCAAAACUAUGAUGAGAACGGCAGGAUCCACAGCUUGCGAAUAGACCGUGUCACCUACAAGGAGAAGAAGAAAUACCAGCCCAAACCCGCGGUUGCCCACACAGCAGAGAGGGAGCAAGUGAUUAAGCUGGGCACCACCGAUUACGACGACUUCCGGAGCUUCAUUCGUGCAGUUCAGGACCGGCUCAUGGAUCUGCCGGUGUUGUCGAUGGACCUGAGCACGGUUGGCUUGAACUACCUUGAGGAGGAGAUUACAGUGGAUGUCAGAGAUGAGUUCUCUGGCGUUGUGAGCAGAGGAGACAACCAGGUUCUCCAGCACCACGUCUUGACACGGAUCCACAUCCUGAGUUUCCUCUCUGGGCUUGCAGAGUGCCGCUUGGGCCUCAAUGACAUCCUCAUCAAGGGGAACGAAAUCGUUUCCCGGCAAGACAUCAUGCCGACCACCACCACCAAGUGGAUCAAGCUCCAUGAGUGCCGUUUUCAUGGCUGUGUGGAUGAGGAUGUAUUCAACAGCUCCCGGGUUAUUCUGUUCAACCCUCUGGAUGCAUGCCGCUUUGAGCUAAUGCGAUUUAGGACAGUGUUUGCCGAGAAGACCUUGCCGUUCACACUCAGGACGGCAGCCAGCAUCAAUGGGGCAGAGGUGGAGGUGCAGAGCUGGCUCAGGAUGUCCACUGGCUUCUCCUCUAACUGUGACCCCCUCACUCAGGUGCCCUGUGAGAAUGUGAUGGUUCGCUACCCUGUGCCCAGUGAGUGGGUGAAAAACUUCCGCAGGGAAAGUGUCCUGGGGGAAAAGUCUUUGAAAGCCAAAGUGAACCGGGGGGCCAGUUUUGGCUCAACUAGUGUGUCUGGCUCUGAGCCGGUCAUGAGAGUAACUCUGGGAACUGCCAAGUAUGAACAUGCCUUCAACUCCAUUGUAUGGAGGAUAAACCGACUGCCUGAUAAAAACUCAGCUUCUGGUCACCCACACUGUUUCUUCUGCCACCUUGAACUUGGCUCUGACCGGGAAGUGCCUUCCAGAUUUACCAGUCACGUGAACGUUGAGUUCAGCAUGCCCACAACUUCUGCCUCCAAAGCUGCUGUAAGAUCCAUCUCCGUGGAAGACAAGACUGACGUCAGGAAGUGGGUCAAUUAUUCUGCACACUACAGCUACAAGGUGGAGAUUGAGCAGAAAAAGAGUUUGAAGCCAGACUUUGAAGGAGAUGAAAUGGAGAAUCCCAAGGAGUGUGGGGUCCAGUGAUGAGGCCCCACCGCAGGGGCCCUGAUCCGAGUUCCGAUAGGAUGUCUUCCUGAGGAGCUGAAGUUCACGUCAGUACCUGCCAUGACUACUCCACAUUGGGCAGAGUGUAUUGGGCCUUCCUGUUUGUGGUCAUCUAUACCGCAACAGGAAACCCUGAGGUGGUCGCCUUGGAGAGGCUCUGAUCAUGCCUGAAGCACCUGGCUCACCUGACUUUUGGAGCUUGUUAAUUAAGCUUCCUUCUCCCCUCUCUGCUUAGCUCACAGCACUUGGGUGUGGUUUGUUGUGAUUCUGAGAGUCAGGAAAAGAGCCUCCCACAUUGGUGUCGGCAUGGUUCCCUUCUGAUGUUCUUCUGUCACUUACAUGAGUUUCUGGAAAACACGGUCUUGAGAAGUUAAUUAAUGAAGAAUCCAUCUCUGUCAAUCCCUUUAGAAAAGGUUCAGAAAAGGUACAAAACAAAUUUCUUCUCUGGGUCUACUAGUCCUUUCAUAGGUGUUGCCAUUCUUUAAAUAUUAACACUAUGCAGGAGAAGUUGUUGAGGCAUUUUCCUCUUGGUUCUAGACUGUUUUGAUUGAAACACUUUUUCUUACUCUCUGAGGUUUCAGUCACAGGGUUCACCACUCUGAGUCACAAUAGACAAUAGAAAAAAGGCACGAUAGGAUACUUUUUAAUUCUAUGAUGAGCCCCAUAUACUGCAAAGGGUGGCUAUUGAAGGGAAAGCAAAAGUGAUCUUAUUUUUCUUCAUUUUGGGGAAAAGAGACAUUAGUGGUAAGAUUAUACUCAAUUUAGGAGAGAGCUUCAAUCUCAGUGAAUUCCCGAAUUCACACUGAAAAAUAUAGGCCAUUUCUGAUUCCUAAAACAAAUGGAUAUAUAUAUAUAUAUAUAUAUAUAUAUAGACACAAAUCCAUAAUGUGUAUAUAUAUAUAUAUAUAUAUAUAUAUAUGGAAUGCCUCAGGCAUCUGUCAGGGGCAUUUGAGAGCUAUUCUUAUACCUCAUAGCCGAUUGACAGUGCGUGUCUCUUUAACUCAAACUUUAUAGGAAGUGUAUGCUGAAAAGAUGAUUUAAAGCUGUUUCAAAGCUAAGCUUAUAUGAGCUUUCCCCCAAAAUUCAGAGUUUAAUAAUCACAGUAUUGUAAUCGAGCUAUAAGGCAGAAGACUCUAGAGUAGAGAUGUGGGAAAGCAUGUUUUUCUGACGUUGGGAAUGUUAACUCCUGAUUCCAAGAGUCUGGGACACGCAGUCUUCUUUUCCUUCUUCCCUCCCUGCUUACGUUCUAGACCUCUACUGCUUAUUUGUACUUUGGUGUUUUCUUACCAGACGAGGAACUACAUCAGCCAUCCCAAAGGGGACACCUGCUCAGUAAUUUAGAGGCAGCUUCUAUCUGGCUUUCCAUUUCUCCAUGAAAAAUAGAAUAGGGGGACAGAAAGCACACUUAGUAGAUUUGUAGAUGACACAGAAAUAUCAAGUCUAUUGACUGGCAUAUUCAGGAUUAGGGUAUUCGAUGAAUAUUCACUGAAUUCUAACUAUGUACUAACACUAGGAUAUAGAAAUCAUUACAGUUUUUUGAAAUGCCUAAGCCUAAGACUGAAACUAAAAGGAUGAAAUUGAAUAGGCAUUAAUGAGAAACAAUGUUCUGAAUGUUUUUUUUUUUAAUGCAACCCUCUAAGUAUAGAGUGGUAUAUGUAUGUGUGUAUUUGUGGAUGUGUGUGUUUA